CCCUUAUCAUCAACACCUCGCAUAUCACUGCUAUUUGCAUUCUACCAUCAUCAUGCCGUUCAUCCGGCUCUAAGACUGCACUACACUACACGCCGCAGUUUAUUUGUUAUAUAUGAUAGAUGGCCAAAGUCUUUGGAAACCCGGAUCCGAACGCGAUCCUACGCGCGGCAGGAGAUCUUCCGUACUCGAAAAUCAACAGUCUGCUGAACGCCGCGCCCAGCCAGCAUCUGAACCAGCAUAUCCUACACGUAUCACGACUGAUUGAGCUGACUGGGAACCUGAUCAACUCUGUCGAGAACUGGGAUGUCGCCUGGGAAAGCUUAGGUUCCCUGCAGGCAGUUACGGAUCUCAGCACGCAGUGCAAGCUUGUUCGGGCCCAGAUCGACGCUUUUGACGUCGAUUCGCUGAAGUCGGUUGUUUUGGGCUUGCCGAACCAUUCUCAAGACGUCGAAGCUCUUCUCACCGCACUGACUCUCCGCCUGAUUCCGCUUCUCGCAGAGCUCGAGUCUCUUCUUUUGCGCGCCGAGAACCGAGCAGAUAUAUCCCGGCUUGAAAUCUCACUACGACACGAAAUCUCCGCGGUCGACUGGUUCACGCCGGAAUUAACCCGCACCAAGAUCUCCAAGGCCGGACAGAUUCUCGACGAAAUUCUAGAUAUUGCCGCUGAGCCCAUUCCCGAGUCAUGGAUUGAUGAAGUUGAGAAUCUGGAAAAGGCAAUGAUGCGGGGCGAUUGGACGCAGGAUUCGAUUAUAAAGAGCUCCUCGACAAUGCCCUCAAUCACAAAACUUUCAGAAAAGCGGAGUUCCUUGAAAAUCUUGCAAAAGAAGUCUGCCGAUGGUAUCGAUAAUACCGCUGACGAUCGGUCUCGGGCCGCUGAAUCUAGGAGGAGGCAGAAGGCUAUGGAGAUUGAAGAACUCAGGAGCAAUGACGCUUUGCAAAAAUUAAGAGACGACGGUCAAGCCAACGGAUCGACCGGACGAGAGCCGGUCGGAAAACCGGAAGGUACUCUUGCUGAACAACGUGACGAGCUGCGGAACCAACUCAAGACUCAGCACGAACGACUCUCUCAGCCGCGGGCUAUUCGUCCUGCCAGUAUAGCGUCGCUGGAAGAAGGUUCUUCGGUCGAUGACGACUUGUCGACCUCUCUCACUACCAGCGAUACCUCUGCUGCCGAUUCGAGAUUGUCGAGUGACACUACACAAGGAAUAGAGCAUCAGACACCAGUCAAAAAGCUCGAAUCUACCGCAACUACACAGCCUCUUGCAGGAGAUCCACAAAAAUCAGCCCAGUCCGAUUCUCCUUAUACUCCAUCCCAUUUUGGCCACGCCGCUCGACCGCGGCCGUCCUUUCCAAUGGGUACUCUGGAGACCACAGAGCGCGGACUUGUGCUUGAUAUAGAGAGAGUGGCUGCGAUCGCCGCGGAACGAAUGUCCCCUUCACCCCCAAAUACGGCGAUGAGCGACUCUAUGACUCGAAGUCCUAGUGUCCGCUUGCCUAUUGAUAGGUUUUUGGAAUCCGCUGCGGCUGCGAUUGCGGCAGAUGAUUACGAUGAGUCGAUCAUGCCGUCCCCUGAGAUUGACCUGUCGGUGGUUGACGAUGAGUCGCCUAUGCAGAUCCGACACCGGAAAGAGCAGGAACUGAAAGUGUUGGAAAAGGAUCUAUACAAAAGCCGCAGUAUAUCUCAUGGUCACACCCCGACCUCAUCUAUUGGAUCUGCUGAAUUGGCGCCCAAUGAUCCGAAGCGAUUGUCGGUCGAUGUCGCAUCUCUCCGCAGCACGCUCUCCUCAUCAGCCGGAACGCCGGAAAAGAUGGACAAGCAGACGAUCGAGAAGCAGACUCUUGAUAAAAAGAUCCAGGGCAUUCUGACGUCCCUUGAGAACGAGCAUAUCGAAAUCACGCCUGCAGAGUCUCCGGAGAAGGACAAGAACUCACAGCUUGGCACAUACAAGCUGGUCAGUUCGACUACUGCGUCUACUUUGAAGGAAGCCGGCUAUGGAACGACGCGCAAGUACAUACUUCAGCGGCCAAAUGCGGCGCUGCAGGUCAUCUGGGUCAGAAUCAUUGCCGAGCGCGUGAUGGUUCGUGUGGGUGGUGGAUGGACUGACCUGGCGGAAUGGUUGAGUAACUAUAUACUUUAUCAUACUGCGACUGGUACAUCUACUACUACUCCUGACGAAAAGACCUCGGCAAAAGCGUCAGGACGAAAUACACCCUCUACAGGAAGACGAUCUACUUCUGGGAAGCUGCAGUCGCGCGUGGCAUCUUGGGGGAAAAGCACGCUACGAGAUGCCAUGUCUCCAGGUACUCCUACUCCUACUGAUGCCCCAGCGGAUGAAAGUUCGAAAGCAAGCACACCCUCCUCCUCGUCUUCUCGCUCACUGCAAAAGAAAGCUUCCUCUCUGUCACUUCGAAAAAAUAGACAAUCCGCAUCAAAUUCAAAAUCUUCCGACGGCAAAAAGAACGCCACCAGCAACUCUUCCACAACCACGCCGACUCCAUUAUCGUCAUCAGCAAACAGCAGUACGGCUUCUACACCCUUGGGCUCUGCCGGACCCGUCAGCUCGCUUGAAAAGAAUGGCAAGUUGUCUAGCGAGAAGAAAGCCUGGGUGCAUAAGAUGCUCAGACAAGUUAGCUCUGGAAUUAAUUCUUCGCCAUUACCGUCGAAUAUCGAGGGUGGGAAUGAUCCUGCAGAGGAGAAUCUUAGUGGCGGCGAUGUCAAGCGAAGAUUGUUUUCGUCCUAAGAUAUGUCUCAGUUUUUGUUUAUUGCCUUUAUUAAUAAGUUACGUGUUUGGAUUCACGUUUUUUUGUGGAGAUUGGAUAUUGCAGAGUCUUUGUGUUUUGGAUUUUUGUCAGCUCUUUUUUAUUUCGUUUUGGAUAUCAUCAAGUCAUACAUCUGUCAAGCAUAUCGCAUCAUUGAUACCGUUAAUAAUAAAUUCAAUUGCAUC